GCCUGCGGCGCGCGCGGAGCAUGGCGAAGCUGGCCGCCAAGUGCCUGCUGGCCGAGAGGAGAAACUGCUAAGCAGAAGUGACCUGGUCUUACAGGAGAAAUGGGGCAGAGCACAUGCCUGAGAAGAACCUCCUGGACUUCAGGAAACUCCUGAUGACCAUAGCUGUGGGGACCGACUACUGGCUUUACUCCAGAGGGGUUUGCAAGAGUAAAAUUGUCAAUGAGAACGAAACCAGCAAAAAGAACGAGGAAGUCAUGACCCACUCUGGAUUAUGGAGAACCUGCUGCCUGGAAGGGAAUUUUAAAGGUCUGUGUAAGCAAAUCGAUCACUUCCCUGAGGAUAUAGAUUAUGAAGCCGACGCAGCAGAAUAUUUCCUCCGGGCCGUAAGGGCCUCUAGUAUUUUUCCAAUCCUGAGUGUGAUUCUGCUUUUCAUGGGUGGACUCUGCAUCGCAGCCAGCGAAUUCUACAAAACCCGACACAACAUCAUCCUUAGUGCCGGCAUCUUCUUUGUGUCUGCAGGUCUGAGUAAUAUAAUUGGCAUCAUUGUGUACAUAUCAGCCAAUGCUGGAGACCCCUCGAAGAGUGACUCCAAGAAGAACAGUUACUCCUAUGGUUGGUCCUUCUACUUUGGGGCUCUGUCCUUCAUUAUAGCUGAGAUGGUGGGAGUGCUGGCUGUCCACAUGUUUAUUGACCGGCACAAACAGCUGCGUGCCAACGCUCGUGCCACGGACUACCUCCAGUCCUCUGCCAUUACCCGCAUCCCCAGCUACCGCUACCGCUAUCAGAGACGCAGUCGCUCCAGCUCCCGUUCCACUGAGCCUUCACACUCCAGGGAUGCCUCACCUGUCGGGAUCAAAGGGUUCAAUACCCUCCCAUCAACAGAGAUCUCGAUGUACACCCUGACCAGGGACCCCCUGAAGGCUGCCACUACCCCUACCGCCACUUACAAUUCUGACAGGGAUAACAGCUUCCUCCAAGUUCACAACUGUAUCCAGAAAGAGAACAAGGACUCUAUCCACACUAACACAGCCAACCGCCGGACCACCCCGGUAUGAAGCCGUCACCAGGAGCUGAAAAUGGGGA